AUGGCGGCGGAACAGAGGAAGCUGCUUGAGCAGCUCAUGGGAGCGGACCAACUCAUUGGAACUGGCGCCCAGGGUCGCAAUUCCCAGCUCUCUAUCACAGACGCAAAAGUUUGCCGGUCCUACCUGGCUGGCACUUGCCCGCACGACCUGUUCACCAACACAAAGCAAGACCUCGGCCCUUGCCCGAAGGUUCACAGCGAAGGCUUGAAGGCAGAAUACGACGCUGCAUCUUCGUCAGAGAAGGCGAAAUGGGGCUUUGAUUUCGAUUAUAUGCGCGACAUGCAGAAGUACAUUGACGACUGUGACCGCCGAAUCGACAGUGCACAGCGCAGACUCGAAAAGACUCCGGAUGAGAUUCGGCAAACCAAUACCUUGCUCAAACAAAUCGCCGAUCUCUCCAACACCAUCAACUCCGGCCUUCUCGAAGUCUCCGUCCUAGGCGAGACUGGCUCCGUCUCAAUGGCCCUCAGUGAAAUGCACAAAGUUCGCACAGCAAAGUUCCAGAAGGAAACCCUUGAACGCGAUCUCAAGAACCUCCAAGAUACGUCUGGUCCGUCAGGCCACCAAAAGCUUCAAGUCUGCGACGUUUGCGGCGCUUACUUGUCUCGUCUCGACAACGACCGCCGUCUGGCAGAUCACUUCUUUGGAAAGAUGCACAUGGGAUACUCCGAUAUGCGCAAGAACUGCAAGAAGCUCAGCAUGGAGCUCAAGGGACGCGCCCCGCCUGUGCGCCACCAAGAAGAAGAUGAUAACCCUUAUACCUCUGGUGGUCGCCCCAACGCCGGCCGUGGUCCUCGCUAUGGAGGGGGCGGCGGUGGUGGUUUCAGGCGACGCGGUGGUGGUGGUGGUCAUGGAAGAUAUUGA